AUGGCGAAACGACCUGCGGAAUCACCUCUGGAGCAGUCAUAUAGCGAUUCGCCGGCAUCGAAGAAGGCGCGCGUGCAAGAUGUCCCCGACGAAGAUUUACCUCCUCCACCUCCACCGGCAGAGGUAGCCCAGAAUGGACAUGCCAAUGGCGCAUCGAAUGGCGCAGACGAUGACGAUGACGAGGAGGAAGAUGACGUCGCAUACCAAGGCACAGGCUCGCUACGGCAAAAGGACGCGACGGAAGGAUACUCAGAUCUCUACCUGGACACAAUAGCACGAACGCGACUAGACUUUGACUUCGAAAAGUUAUGCUCGGUCACACUAUCGCAUAUCAACGUAUACGCAUGUCUGGUAUGCGGGAAAUACUACUCGGGUCGAGGGCCGAAGACACCGGCAUAUUUCCACGCGCUCGAGGAGAACCAUCAUGUGUACAUCAACAUGGAGACGAAGAAGGUGUACGUGCUACCCGAAGGCUACGAGGUGAAGAACAAGAGCUUGGACGACAUCAAAGUCGUGGUAGACCCACGCUUCUCGCAGGAAGAGAUCAAGACACUGGACAAGGAGCCCAAGCCGCAAUGGGACCUGCUGGGCAGGAAAUACAUACCCGGAUUCGUUGGCCUGAACAAUAUCAAAGCGAACGACUACCUAAAUGUCGUAGUACAAGCGCUAUCACACGUACGGCCCCUGCGAGACUUCCUCAUGCUAGAAGACCUCUCCUCAAGACCUGAGCUAGUGAAGCGGUUCAGCGUCAUGGUCCGCAAGAUCUGGAACCCAAAGUCCUUCAAAUCCCACGUUUCGCCGCACGAGCUGAUCCAGGAGAUCGCCCUGCGAAGCAACAAGAAGUUCCUCCUAACCGAACAAGCCGACCCCGUCGACUUCCUGAGCUGGUUCCUCAACAACCUCCACCUCUCCCUCGGCGGCAGCAAAACCAAACCCCGCAGCUCCCUCAUCCAGAAAAUCUUUCAAGGCUCCCUACGAGUAGAGUCCCAAGCAAUCAGCGCCCGCGCCGACGCCGGCGAUCGCCUUCGCUUCGAAGACGCAGACAUCAAAUCCCAAACCUCACCCUUCAUGAUCCUAACCCUGGACCUGCCCCCCGCACCCCUCUUCCAGGACGACGUGGAGAAGAACAUCAUCCCCCAAGUCCCCCUCACCACCGUCCUCCAGAAAUACAACGGCAUCACCGGCCAAGAACGCAUGAACACCCGCGUCCGCUAUCGCCUCCAACACCCCCUUCCUCCUUACCUCAUCAUGCACGUAAAACGCUUCCAACCCAACAAAUUCCUCCAAUCCCAACGCAACCCCACCAUCGUCACCUUUAACCCCCGCGCGCUGGACAUGUCACCCUACGUCGCUCCAGAUCCGAAACUUCACAACACAGGAGAUCCGAUUGUCUACGACUUGGUCGCGAAUGUCACGUACGAGGGGGUGAAAGUCCGCGAUGAUUCGGUGGAGGGGGAGGCGGAGAGGAAGGUGUGGAAGGCGCAGGUGAAGGAGGGUGGGGAGAGGGGGCAGUGGUGGGAGAUGCAGGAUUUGUUUGUGGAGAGGGUAAAUGCGGAUUUGUUGGCGACGAAGGAGAGUUAUGUUAUGGUGUGGGAGAGGAGGAGGGGGAAAGGGAAGGGGAAGGCGUGA